AUGUCGAACAUGUUGAGCCAUAACCCACCCAUGAUGUCUUUGAAAGAGUCUGCAAGCCAUCCUGCCCUUAGUCAGUUGCCCCAGACGGCUACAUUGCAAGCCACCAACGCCGUCUCCGUCAAUAAACCUGUUCGUGGCCCCAAAUCUACUAUGGAUAUUUCCUCAAUUAUUUCACCACACCAGUCGACUGGCCAACAGCAGCCCCAUCCAAUCAACACCCAAUCCACCACCAUCACUGUGUCUCUUCCGUCCCCACCUCAAACCUCUGUCCCUCCGGCGCUUACUAAUCGACAAUCUCCCAUUCCGCGUUUGACUGUACAUCAUGACUCCACCGGAAACCAGUUGGCUUCCACGUCAGCGCCACAUCGUCCAGCUCAGAUGCCUCAGUCUCCUUCACGAAAGCGUUCCCUCUCCCCCAUGUUUGGCUCAGAGGCUAUGAGACCGACGGAUCAGGAUGAUCUGUCGGCUCGUCGGCCCCGGAAAUUCUGGAAAUCCGCCACCGGGCACAGGCGGGGCAUCACUAUACCCCAUCACAGCACCGACUAA